UCCCCGGACCCAGUACUAAUGAUGCUGAGAGUUGCUCCAGCCUGAUUUCUCUCCCUGUUUUUGCCACUGUGGCUGUGAGCCGGUUUCACUCUGUGCCUGUUUCUUUGCUGUCGCUGUCGGCGCAACUGGAGACCCUAAUUCAUUUUUUACUCCUUCCUUCCAUCUCCUUCUACCCAUCUCUGUGUCUCUCUCUCUCUCCCUUCCUCUCCUCUCUCUUCCAGCAGGGAUGUAGUACUCUCCUCAAAUGAACUUCUGCACUUCUCUGGCUGCCAAGGACUGGGUUACCUGCACUUUUUAAAAGAGGUGAUUUUUUUUGGCUUUGGCUUAAAAAAAAAAAAAAAAAAAAAAAAAGAAUUCCACUGCUUGUUUUCCCCAUCGUACCUCCUUCACCCACUGCUCACAGCCUGGCUUUGGGGACCAUGGCUCUGAGGGAGAGCAUCCUUCCCAUUAGUGAGGUGUCCUGCCCCUUCCCGGAGGUGGUGGAGCUGAACGUGGGCGGCCAGGUGUACGUCACCAAGCACUCCACGCUGGUCAGCGUCCCCGACACCACCCUGCACGCCAUGUUCUCCCGCCACCCGCUCAAGGACCUGCCACGGGACAGCCGCGGGCGCUUCUUCAUCGACCGCGACGGCUUCCUCUUCCGCUACGUGCUGGACUUCCUGCGGGACAAGCAGCUGGUGCUCCCGGACCACUUCCCCGAGAAGGAGAGGCUCCAGCGCGAGGCCGAGCACUUCCAGCUGGCCGACCUGCUCAAGCUGCUGGCCCCCCGGGUCACCAAGCAGGGCUCCAUGAACGACGAGGGCUGCCAGAGCGACAUCGAGGAGAGCUCCCAGAGCAGCGACCUGGCCCGCGCCGCCGCCGCCGUGGCCGCCGCGGACAAGCGCUCGGGAUUUAUCACCAUCGGCUACCGCGGCUCCUACACCAUGGUGCGCGACAACCAGGCCGACGCCAAGUUCCGGCGGGUGGCCCGCAUCAUGGUGUGCGGCCGCAUCGCCCUGGCCAAGGAGGUGUUCGGGGAGACCCUGAACGAGAGCAGGGACCCCGACCGGCCCCCGGAGAAGUACACGUCCCGCUUCUACCUCAAGUUCACCUACCUGGAGCAGGCCUUCGACCGGCUCUCGGAGGCCGGCUUCCACAUGGUGGCCUGCAACUCCACGGGCACGGCCGCCUUCAUCAACCAGUACAGAGACGACAAGAUAUGGAGCAGCUACACCGAGUACAUCUUUUUCAGGCCGGCAGCGAAGACCGUGUCCCCUAAGCAGGACUGCGAGGAGCGGAAGCAAGAGAAGCUUCCGGACAAGGGGAGCGAGAGCGGCACCUCCCUGAACGAGCUCUCCACCUCCAGCUCCGAGACGCACUCCGAGGCCACCACGCCCCAGGACGGGACGGUGACGGGCGGAGGAGGGGGCGAAAUCGGAGGAGGAGGCGGAGGAGGAGGACCAGGAGGAGGGGGAAGCGGGGCCCUGCAGUCCGUGUCCCGCCAGCCCAGCACCCUGACCUUGGGCCGGCCCUCGAAGAAGGGCUCGGUGCAGUGGAUGCAGCUGCCGGACAAGCGGCGCAACAGCGAGCUCUUCCAGUCGCUGAUGAGCGGGAGCCCGCGCGAGGGCGGCCUCAGCAGGAAGAGGGUGACGGAGAAGCUGAGCGCUGAGGAGGAGAUGAAGCAGUGCAUCCAGGACUUCCACAACAUCAAAAUCCCGCAGGAGUUUCCCGAGCGCAAGCGUCAGUGGCAGUCCGAACUCCUUCAGAAGUAUGACCUAUAGGGACGUUUUUUUUUUUGUUUGUUUUUUUGGGUCUUUUUCUUUCUUUCUUCUCUGGUUGUAGUCGACGGCGAUUUACAUUAUAUUUUUUUAUUUUAUUUUUUAAAAUUGAAAAAAAGCUGGGUUUUGUUUGGUCACUGUGUCCUGACACCAUUCUUCUAGGCUCAGCUCACGUCAUACGGAAACCUAAGCACACCCUUGACUUGACUCAAAUGGUGAACUUCACCUAGCAUGACAUUGGUGUUUAUAUGAUGAACAUUUGUGACUAAACCUUAAGGUUGAUGUGUCACAACAGGAAAUAAUGUCCUGGUUUAAAACAAUGGCACAAUAAUAGUGAGGUAGCAAAGGAAAAAAAUGUUUCAAUAGACCACAGUAAAAUUAUCCCAGAGUUUGCAUGAAUGGAAGAAUCAAAGAAAAAAACACAACAGACUGAUAAAGACAUUUAUCUGAGCAGGCUAACCUGAAAGGAAGCUACCAUAAAUAAUUAAAUUGUAUUCCUAGAUGGCCUCUCGUGAAAUGAACAUUGUCUGAAUGAGCAUUUAAAAGGAUGUUUCCUUAUUUAUUCUGGUUGCAUUUCUAGGCUGUGCUGUCCGUGCAAUGGUCAAUGAUGACAUUUUUCAUUUAUUUAUUUCUUUAUUUCGUGCUGUGAUUUAUGUGUGAGGGCUAAUGUCGAGAAAAUGUCAGCCGUAUUCCUAUUUUAGAACUGUUUUUUGAAAAAAAAUAUAUAGCUUGUCGGAGUCAUGAGUUUAUAUUAAAUGUCGAGAAUUAGUCCGCUGAAGUGCAGUUCUGCCUGAGGAGUCAGCCCUAGACCUACUGUGGGUAAAUAAUCAGUUCAGAUGUGGCAAGGUGGGAAAGAAAUGUAUUUAAACCCUAGAAUGCAGCCCAAGUUCCUUGUUUGCUCUUGUUCAGCAACCUCAUUUAAAAAUAUAGUGCUAAUCUAUUGGCCUAUGCUUCUCAAAUUGGUCAUGACAAACAGGAGAUAAAUGUGCCAAUUUUUAUACUGGUAUCUGGGUUUGUGUCAGUUUCCAUUUCCAUUCAGACAAUUCAGGAAAUUAAUUGAAAUUCAGCUAAUUCAGAAAUCCUCAUGAAAUUAUAUUGGCAGUUUUCAUUUCAGGGGUUGAAUUAGAACUAAUUUUCUGAACUGAACUGAAAUGGAAUUGACAAUGAUUGGUAUACCACUAUUCUUAGUUUCAGGUGUGUGUCUUUUGGACCUUAAGGACCUCUUUUUUUUGUUCUUUUAUAAAGAGUCUCUCACAUACUGUUUGGAUAUCAUCUGAAAAUAACUGAUUUCUUAACUGGUCGAAGUACAUGGCAGACAUAAUUCAUGUAUGCUUGUGAUAUUACAAUCUGUACUUGCUGUAAUUAUUUAUAAGUACUGUCUGUGUCUUUAUUAUAGACUUAAAAAAAACUUUAUUUUCCACAUUUCAUACCCACAACAAUCUUGUCAAAAAAUAAGAUCAAAGAUCCAUCUAUUUUGCAGUCAUGAUUGCGGUCCAUUUUUGUACGGGUCUGCCAGGAAAGAAUACAUGAUUGCAGGAUUGCAUCCUAGGGAUAAGACAGGCAGAGCAGACACAGCACUGCAGUACCCCAGCACUGUGCAGUAUAUUAUCAGGAAACACAAUGUCAAAUUGUGCUCUUUGUUCCAAACCACCCACGGGGGUUCAUGAGGGUGCCUGCAACAGCGAAGCAAAAACGUAAUUAUUUUUUAUCGAUUGCCCUUAAUCAACAUUCUCUUGUCUAAUUAAAGUGCAGAGUCAAACUAA